GCGCUGCCGUCUUCCGCUGCCGUCUCUCCGUCCUUUCUCUUUUUCCGACACGUUCGACUCUUUGACCUGCCGUGUGAUCUCACUCUCACGCGAAACCAGCCGACCCACACGAGGCCGAUAUCUGUGCGCAGUGCGCACCGUAAACUUUGGUGUGCUGCAAUUCAGCGCUCGCAGGACCAGGUUUUGCAGAUCUCCGACAGCACGGACAAUCGAGUCUAGGUGCUCAGGACUCAGCAGAGACUGCGCGACUCCCGGCAAGGACCAACGAUGAUCACUUCUGCUCUUGGCUCGGCCCAGGAUUUCAUCAAAACACUCAAAGCGCACUCGGAUCCUCCUCACGCAAACGGGCCGUCCAAAAUCGAGCUCGCACGAGAAGCAUGGGACAAUGCUAGCUUUCUCUUCCCGAACAAGGACGAGGUCAUCGUCGACUGGCUUCUGACGCGUCUGUUGAAGGAUAAAGCGAAAGCAGGAGAGGCAAACCCGAUUUUAGACUCGCGCUACUGGCAGCUUCUAUCUGAUAUCGUUUGCUCGCCUGACGAAGAGGAUGUGAAACACACGGAUGCGAGCCGUGCGGCAAGGAGAUGGCUUUUGCCACUGCUUAACCGGAUCCCACUAGCUCCCAUUGUUACGGCAUACCUCUCCCUGUCAAGCUCUCAGGAUGAACGGGCCAGGGUUAAACUCAACAAGCUUUUCGCUCGAUGCCUUGCUACUAUAUGGCCCUUGACUUCGCCGAAGUUCAAUCCGGACAUCUUGCUCGAAUGCUUCGGUGCACUACUAGCGCACCUCUCAACUAACAGGACAGGCGAAGACGAUCAUGCGGAGCCGGAAAUACACGUUGCAAAAGUUGCCUCCCUUAUUAUCUCAUCGUAUAGGAUUGCAUUCAGUAAUGUCGCGAACAAAAAGAAGCUGUACACGACGUUUCUGCAGACCCAUUUCCUUCAUUGGCUUCGAUGCAUUCAACACGGUACCCGGCUCCUUGACGUGCAACACGCGACCAUUUGCGACAUUUACUCUGCAGGCAUCGAGACCCUGUUCAGUGUCGAUAUCCUGCGCAAUGUUGAAGAUCACAAAUGCGACGCCGCUCUGAAGGAUGCUAUUAGUAAAUGCUUGCCUUCGUCGGCAAAGGUCGUCUUACGUGCCUUGCCCCUCUUGUUCGCCUCGUUCGUGCCAACGUUGAAGAAGAAUCGGAAUACCCUGUUCAGCCAAGGUUCGAACAACGCUGCCGGACAUGCCUCUACCCAGGUUCAACUCGCGGGCCUCGCAUUCUACGCGCUCUGCGAAAAUAUUCUCAGCGCCGCUCCCAGUCCAGACAGUCCUUUGACAUGGGACGCAAGAGUAUCCUUACUCGAAAUAGUCGACAGCGAGAGCCUGUACAAUGCCUCAGACGCAAAUAGCACUGAAGUCCUCAGGAGCAGUGGUGGUAUGGCUGUUAGAACUCUUACGUAUUCCGAAGAUGCCUCACUCAUUGACAAGGCUGUAGACGUGCUCGCUCUACUGACGCGCAUUGACUAUGACCUCAUUGCUCCAACAUUGCCUGCGGUCUGGCCUGUGCUCGCUCGAACUGCGCCAGACCUAUCAUCUUCAAUGUACAUGCGCCUGCUAUUCGACUUCCAUACCAAGACUCGCACAGUGAACACGCUCGUCGAUUCCUGGCUCGAUGCCGUCUCUCUUCGUCAUUGGCAAGGAUCUAGUACCCAACCACACGAGGCGUACGCAAAAGUCCUCGGCGGCCCAUUGUUCACCUUCGAAUCGAUUGAUCGACUCCGCCAAGCAAUACAUGGCUUCCUCACGCCUGGCCAAAUCGUGGAUGUCUCUCGUGUUGUCAUCGAACAUUUCCAAGACACCUUCCAGCAGUUCCGGGAACAAAACAAAAGAGUUGGGGCGGAGGACGGCGAUGGGUCGAGGAAGAAACGCAAGAAAAGUACAGGCGAGGACAUACGAGUCGACCCGGCGUGGUGUGCUGUGGAGUUUGCCCUGGUUUCAAGGAUAGUCGUGGUCGUGCUUAGCUCUCUGGCGAUGCGAGCAAUGCUCGAAGACUCUCGGAAAGAGCUUCACGACAUGGUCGGCACAACCUGUGCCUUGGUGUUCCCUCGCGCUUUGAAUGGGGCUGUGAAAGCCCUGAAGGCCAGCAACCGACGGGGGACUUGGUCGUGGCAGAUCGUCGCGACAGGUGCGCUGCUCGUGUAUCACGACCGCAAAAGUCAUGGAUGGCCGAGUGUGGAACUGGACGAGGAUGUCGUAUCGCGACUGCGCACCCUCCUCAGUAAUGAUGAUGUACUACCAGAGUUCAGCCUUACGAUUAUCAGGACGCUGCUCAACGACUCGGCCAUCGGCGAUAGCGCUGCUGCCAGAGGCGUCCUCGACGAAGUGCUGCGAUGCCUGGAGGGACUUCAAACCGAUGGCGAUGCCGCCGAACUCGGUUGGUCAGGCAAGUCUCAUGAGUUGAGCGACAAGAACAAUCCAGCAGUCGUCGCCAUUUUCCAUCUCACGCUUUCCAGAUGGCUGUCGUUGUUUGAUUCGCGAGCAUCCGCGGAACAGUUGACGAAGCUUGCGAAGGUAAUCCUAGCUAUAAGCCCAAGCAGUUCCUCCAGAGCGAAUGGAUCGACAAAGACCAGUCAGCAACUGACUCCUGCCACGAUACUCGCCGUCACUCUCCGCAGCGCUGAUGUCUGGGAGUUACGCCGGUUUAGGGACGCAUUCUUAGCGCAGUUGCAUGACUGCACAGCAGCUCUAGCAAAUGUUGACGCGCAGAAACUAUUGGACGGCACGCAGACCAGUGUGUCACGCAAACUCCGGACAGAAAUCGCUUCAAGUGUUGCUGGUUUUGAGAUCUUGCUGUACACGCCCGAUGAAUAUCUAUCGCGCACACUGCGUGCGGACCUCCUUCAACGUGCCCUUGUGGCUGAUGUUCUCGUCGGCACUGGUGUUAUGGACAAGGCCAUCGGUCCCCGCUCUCUCCUGAUUGUCCGGCAAUUCAUUCGACGAGCAGUGUCUUAUGAGGGGAAUGUCGAUCAACUGGGUGUUGAUGGCUACUUUGGCUAUCUACUGAAGUCGGAUUCACAACAUACUGUCGAUGUUCCUGUAGAUCAGCAAGAUGAUCUGACUUGCGUAACGUUGGAUCUCAUUGGCGUCCACCUCGCGACAUUCUUCCGAACUACCAAAAGCGGUGAGAGAUCUGCUCUAGCAGCCGUCGAAGGAAUCAGGAGAAUUCUGGACGUUCCGAUGCAGCAAAGACGACAAUCUUCCAGCCCGGUAGCAGAGGGAACACUGCUCCGAUUGGUGUCCAUUGUCGCUUCAAACUUCGAAUCAUCCCAACUCCCUCAGCAACUGCAGGAAGCACUACGCACAUUGUAUGAAUGCAUGGUAGCUGUAUACUCUGCAGAGCUAUCGCGAAUGUCUCCCGAGGACCGCACAUCGCCGCGUACACGCUUAUGGGACGACCAACAUGGCACCUUGCGCAUGUGGUCUCAUGCGCUGUGGUUGGGGAGAUGUAUCCAGGCAGACAUGAGCGCACUGCCUCGCUACGGCCAUCUUCUAUUGGGACAGCUGUUAGGCGAUCACCAGCACACCCCUAAUACGGCGACAUGCCUCUCACUGCUCGACGUCUUGAAGGAGGAACUCUAUUCAUCCGCUGCAGACAGACGACAGACGUAUAUAGGCUGUUUGGCAGCCGGAUAUCUGGUAUGCUCUCGAUGCUGUGGCUCAGCUGGCGUCCAUGCUCUAGAUGCGAGCCUUUCAAGCAUCAGCAAGUCGAUGCCCACCCAAGACUACUCCUAUUUUGUCGAUUACGUCGUCGAGGCCUCGGUGAAUGUGGCUUCGUUUCAGCCGACCGAUAUUGCCAUUCUCAUUCGCCUCUUCAAGAUAUCAGAACUCAAUGCACCGGAAGGAACUUCCAAAAUCACGCAGCAGGCCUUCUCGAGAAUCCUGACGUUAUGUGCGGACCGGCCUGACUAUCUUUCGACCCCUGCAAUCCGCUUUGAGGUCCUAGGUUUGUUGAGUGGCUACUGCAAUGACCGACCCGCCUCCGUGAGGUCCUCGGACAUGUCCGCUAUCUGGUCCAUCGUAGGACAGCUCCUCGCCAGUUCUUCCGAGCACGACCAGAGCACCGAUGCGACUGUGUUCCAGGAGAUCGUCAACACCGUCAGCGCGCUCAUCCGCCUGCGUCGUGACCUCAUCUUGAACACUCUGCCACAUUUCGGCAUGAUCCUCCGCCGGUUGAUCAGCGCGCUCCGGGGGCUCCGUCCACAGUUGGGCGCAAAGCAGACCAGGCUCGUCAUGAAUACGCUGCCUGCGUGGAUUAACCAUCAUACGAACGCACGGACAGAACCGGAGUCGCAGAAACCCGAGUCUCUUGCCCGCCCGUUCUCGAAACACGCAGCAUACGUGUUGACUGCCUAUAUCGAGGCCGUAAACGAUCCGCUCUGUGUCGUCUCGACUCAGAUGAGGAGAGAACUCCAACCGGGGCUGUUCGCGCUGUGUGACAUGCUGGGGGAUCAUAACAGGGAUGCGGUGAUGGUGUCCGCUCUGGAUGCGAGCGGCAAGGUCACGAUGAAAGCCUUGUGGAAGGAGUAUGAAAAGCAGAGAUAUGUAGGGAGGGGUUAA